ACUUGUGACAAACGAGAUUUCCGCAAAUAAGACUGAAUAAAAAAUACAAAGUUCAAAGUACUACUUUUAUUAGAUUUUAUUUUUUUAAAAAUGUUGAGUAUUUUCUCAAGAUCUGUACAUCUCUUUGUAUCAACAUCAGCUAAGCAAUCAAGAUGUAUCGCAUCUCUAUCAGCAUUACCUGAUACAUAUCAAAUGUUAUACAAAACAUGUCGAGAUUUCGCUGAAGGAGAGCUAAAGCCACAUGCAGCCAAAUAUGAUAGAAACCAUGAAUAUCCAGGAGAGGCUAUUAAAAAAAUGGGUGAACUCGGUCUUAUGGCUAUCGCAACUCCUGAAGAGUUAGGAGGAGCUGGUUUAGAUUAUCUAGCAUACGCAAUAGCAUUGGAGGAGAUCUCACAUGGUUGUGCAUCAGCUGGAGUUAUAAUGUCAGUGAAUAAUUCAUUGUAUCUUGGACCAGUUGUGCACUGGGGGACAGAUAAACAAAAACAGGAGUUUGUGACACCAUUUUGUAUGGGAGACAAUGUUGGCUGUUUUGCACUGUCAGAACCAGGAAAUGGAUCUGAUGCUGGUGCUGCAUCUACCGUGGCUAAAGAUACUGGUGACAAAUGGGUUUUAAACGGAACUAAAUGUUGGAUUACAAAUGGAUAUGAGAGUAAAGCUUCCGUGGUAUUUGCUACUACAGAUAAAAGUCUAAAACAUAAAGGAAUAUCAGCAUUUAUUCUGCCAAAACCAAUAAAAGGCUUAGAAUUAGGCAAGAAGGAGGAUAAAUUAGGUAUAAGGGGAUCUUCAACAUGUUCUCUUAUAUUUGAAGAUUGUAAAGUGCCUAAAGACAGUAUAUUAGGGGAGCCCGGUUUUGGUUUUAAAAUUGCUAUGAUGACUUUAGAUGCUGGAAGGAUUGGUAUUGCAUCUCAAGCAUUGGGUAUCGCACAGGCAUCAUUAGAUGUGGCAGUAGAGUAUGCGUCCAAGAGAAUAGCAUUCGGAAAGCCUAUAUCUAAGUUGCAAGCUAUACAAACUAAGUUAGCGAAUAUGGCGUUACAAUUAGAGUCUGCAAGGUUACUUACUUGGCGUGCUGCUUGGCUCAAAGAUAACAAACAGCCAUACACUAAGGAGGCAGCCAUGGCUAAGUUAGCAGCGUCGGAAGCUGCUACUUAUCUAUCACAUCAAUGUAUUCAGAUUCUUGGAGGUAUGGGCUACGUGUCGGACAUGCCAGCGGAAAGGCAUUACAGAGAUGCAAGAAUAACAGAAAUAUAUGAAGGCACUUCGGAGAUACAAAGACUUGUUAUAGCUGGACAAAUUCUUAAAGAAUAUGGUGUUUAAUAUUUAAAAGAAAUUUUCUUUACAAACUGCCAGAUUUAAAUAGAUAUUUUAUAUUAGUAUAAGUGAAAUAUUCAGAAACUUUUUUUUUAUGUAAUUUUAAAAGAUGUUCGACCAUUUUUACAGUGUCCUUAAAUAAUACUCUUGUUAAUCUCUAUUGUAGCAAAAUAAGCAUUGUUUUAACAUUAAAUGAAAUAAAUCGGUAUUUUUUAAAGAUUGUAUUUCACAUGUUAGGAUACUUUACUAAAAAAAAACUUAGUUUUGAUAACUUAUACAGUUUUUGAUUAAAAUGUGACUGAAUAGAAAAAUGCAUGAUACAAAUAAUGUCAAUAAAAAAAAUAUGAAUAAAGAGAAUACAUAAU